ACUUGCACAUAUGUACGUACAGCACAAAAAAUAAUAGAUAUAUGCGUUGCCUCUUCUUAAAUGAAAAUUAGUUUUUAAAAUUACAGAUUAUUUGAUGCAACAUUUCCUUUCCCAUGAUUUUUUUUUUUUUUUUACAAAUGUACCUACACACCUGUAAGUAUAUCUACUAAAAACAAGUAAUACUGGUUGCCUUGAGAAGUGUUCCAAAUGCAAGGCAAAAGUGAACUGAGACAAUGUAAUAUAUUCUUGGUAUCUUUUUGAGCUUUGAACCAUGUUACUGUUACCUACUGAAUUAACAAAUGCCAAUGAAGGCAUAUAGAUAAUGGAAAUUCUCAUGGCAGUGAUAUGCUGAAAAAUGAAAGUUCUCACAAUAAAAAGGGAUUGCAAAAAUUACAGUGGCUUUUCUUGCUUAUGGUUCUUCAGAUCAGUUGUGACUUUGAGUUCUAGGCUUUAAUUUGGCUUUAAAUUUUUUCAAACUGUCUUCAUUAUGGGAUUCUGGCUGAAACUGAAAAAAAUCCUGCGAUGGAUUUUCUCUGUGGUUCAGGGUGAAAAUCAGUUCAAAAUUUCUAGGAAUCUGCCACAGCUUACCUCAGAAGUAACACUUUGAAAUGUUCCAGUAGUCAAACCCAGAGUCAAUAGGAUCACAUGACAAGGACUUCUGUUAUAUGAAAGGGAGAAAACGAAAUGAUGAAAAUUAUUUAAUAGCUUCAGGAAACUUAAAUUGAAAUUGUUGAGAUUGUAUCAAAAAAGGAAUGAUGAAGAAAAUUAUUUAGUAGAUAUAGAAAUUAAGUUGGGGUGGUUAAGAAUGAAGACUCUUAUAAAUAUAUUUCAAAAAUAUAUUUGUAAAGGUACAGUAUACUGUUUUGGAAAGAAUUACUUUAAAGCCUCUGUAUCAAAGUAUCAAAUUUGCUUUAUCUUAUAUUUAUCUGAUAGCUCCUAUACUUAGUUUUGAGUGCUCAUAAAAAUCUUGACAGUAAUGUAUGAUUGAGUAAUAAAUCAGUACAGAGUACCAGUGUGUAAAGAGCUAGUUGGUAGUUGUGUUUAUUUCAGCUUUUGAACAUGCUCAUUCAUAGUUUUGGGGUCAUAUCCAUGUCUGACAACUCACCUUUUACAACAGAAUCUUCUUUUCAGGGAGAUGCCCUUUGCUUCUCAGAUGUAAUGCACCUUGUGUUUAUUAUUCAACAGUGAAAAUGAGUCACACAGAGGUUAAAUUAAAAAUACCUUUUGGAAAUAAAUUACUGGAUGCCGUUUGUUUGGUACCUAACAAGAACAUAGCAUAUGGAAUAAUUCUUACACAUGGAGCAUCAGGAGAUAUGAAUCUUCCUCAUUUGAUGUCACUGGCAUCCCAUCUUGCAUCUCACGGGUUUUUUUGCCUGAGAUUUACUUGCAAAGGCCUUAAUAUUGUACAUAGAAUUAAGGCAUAUAAAGCAGUUUUGAAUUACCUGAAGACCUCAGGAGAAUACAAACUUGCAGGUGUUUUUCUUGGAGGUCGUUCGAUGGGCUCAAGAGCAGCUGCUUCUGUAAUGUGUCAUACUGAGCUGGACGAUGCCGAUGAUUUUGUUCGAGGUCUCAUUUGUAUUUCUUACCCACUGCACCAUCCAAAGCAGCAGCAUAAACUCAGAGAUGAAGAUCUCUUUCGCAUAAAGGAUCCUGUACUGUUUGUGUCAGGCUCAGCAGAUGAAAUGUGUGAAAAGAACUUGUUGGAGAAAGUAGCACAGAAAAUGCAAGCCCCCAGUAAAAUUCAUUGGAUUGAGAAGGCAAAUCAUUCUAUGGCAGUGAAAGGACGGUCAACAAAUGAUGUAUUCAAAGAAAUAAACACUCAAAUCUUGUUUUGGAUCCAAGAAAUCACUGAAAUGGACAAGAAAUGUCAUUAAAAGCCAUGUUUUGAAUAAAAGUACGGUUGGUUAAUUUGAUAAAGUACACCUCUCAGCAUUGUGAGAUGUAUUUCAGACUAAUGUUCUUUAAUGUUGCCCUAUUUUUGAAACAUUGUAUCGUGAAAAUAUCCUUUACAAGAUGUCUUUUGAAAGCACUGUUACAGUUAUAUGAAGAUAAUGUACAAAUAUUGAAGGUUGUCUAUAAUUUAUUUUUAUUAGUAUAGUUAAGUUUUGAAAAAUUAAACAUUUGCAUUUUGUUACA